AUGAAAGGAUAUUUAACAUUUAGCCCCAGUGAAUUAAGUGCUUUAGAGAAUGUAGGUUGGUUGUCUAAUGACGAUACGCAAUUAACCAACGCAGAUGGUUAUUUUGAUAUUUUGAUACUACUGAAUUUACUGAGUGGAUUUGCUGAAGAUUAUCAAAAAAUUCUUAUAAAUGUUCAGCUAGAGUUAGUUUUAACCAUUUCAAAUACCGAAAUCAAUGCAUACAUACAGAAUCCAGCAGAAAGAGCCGCAGCUGAAAAUGAUAAAGAAAGAAUUCAAGUGUUAAAUUAUAUUACUAGUGAUCCAUCUAUUCCUAUUAGUUUUAGAACUUGGGAGUUGUAUGAAUAUCCACAUUUACCUGCAACACCAAGACACAUUUGGGCUGUCAAAACAUCAACUCAGCUUGGAAAACCAGGCUAUGUAGUGCUUGGAUUCCAAUCAGCAAGAAAAAAUACUAGUCAAUUCGACCACUGUAGCAUUAGAAAUAUAAAAUUAUUUUUAAAUUCACAGAGCUAUCUUUAUGGAGAUCUUAAUCUAAUGAUUGAUCAAAAUCAGUAUGCGUUAUUGUACAGCAUGUGUACAAAUUUUCAGUCUUCAUACUACGAUAAACAAUCCGAACCACUGCUGGCGAAGAAAAAAUUUUUGGAUAACGCGCCACUGUACGUUAUUGAUUGUUCUGAACAAAACAAAGCGAUCAAGUCUGGACCGGUAGACACACGUUUAGAAUUUGAGUCAGCAGUUCCAUUUCCACCUAACACGACUGCUUACUGUCUAGUUAUUCACGAUCGGAUUAUCUAG